UAUCUCAUCUCUCUCUCUCUCUCACUAAAAAACACUUAAAUUAAACUAACUAAUCUUGAUUUGAUACAUAAUAUUUCGUUUCCAUGGAGAUGGAGUUUGCCGAUGAAUUUUCCGCAAUCGAAAGAAUCAGAAUGCAUCUCUUAGGAGAAUUCGAGAGUGAUCGCACACCGUCGGUUUCCGCCUCGGAAUCGUCGUGCGAUUCAGAGCUGUCCUUCUUUGAUUUUGAUCGGCCGCCGGUGAUCGACCUCUCGCUGCCGGAAUCGCGGCCGGCGGCGAAGAAGCUGGAGUGGAUCGUGUUCGGGGGUGGUGAUGAUGAUGAUGAUGAUGAUCAUGAGCGGGUGGUGGAGGAGGAGCAGCACUACAGAGGGGUGAGGCGGCGGCCGUGGGGGAAGUAUGCGGCGGAGAUACGUGACCCGAAGCGGCGGGGGUCGAGGGUGUGGCUGGGGACGUUCGAGACGGCGGCGGAGGCGGCUUGGGCUUAUGAUAGGGCGGCCUUCAGGAUGAGGGGUAGGAAGGCGAUCCUCAACUUCCCGCUCGAGAUUCAGCGGGAAGCGGCGGAGAGAGGAGGUGGAGCCAGAGAGAGGAAGACGGUGAAGUGUGAGAAAUGAACACUUGCUGCUCCACCGUAAAAUGUUCUGCUAUGAUCUCACUUUUCUAGCUAAUGUUUGAAUGUUAAUUGAGUUUUUUUUUUCAAGAAUUUAUUUUCAUUUUCAACUUCCUUUUAA